UUGGGGUCUUUUCAGUCCUAUUAGUUAACGACACAGCAACGAAGAACGACACAAAACAAUGGUUUCCAAGGUUUUAGUAACUCUAUGUGUAGUGAUGGCUGUAGGCUCAUCUACCGCUGCAGGAUGGGGCUGGGGCGCCCCUGAUGCUGCCGCAGCCAACCCCUGGGCUGCCGGGGUCGGGUCCAACCCCUGGAUCCCUCCUUGGGUCGCCGCCGCACCCUGGUACCCCCAAUGGACCCCCUGCACCACAAUCGGCUCAAGCUGCGUGGACUGCACCACGAAGUUAGUCUGUACGAAGAUCGGAGGGAUCCAGAGGGCCUGCAAUGACCCUACUCUGCCGUACUGCAACUUGGGAGAAUGCUCAGCAACGCCAUCUGCUGGCUGUGAACCAGCGACUGAUGCACCUGCAGUUUAAUACCCCAACACUCAAUUAUACUCGACAGUCGACCUUUUAAGACAAAACAUUAGUGAAUUUUUGUGAGCUAUGUCGUGCUAUCACAUGAAAUCAAUUAGGUAGAUCAAAUUGCAAAUUGUACAUAAGUAAAGAUUUUCAUUAGAA